GAUGUUUGUGAAAUGUGUCACAUAACCUAAUUUUUUAAGUAUUUUUCUAUUUUUCUUUCUCAAAUUACAAAAAUAUCACAAACUUUUAAAAUGUAGCUUAAUGUUCAACCCCAUACUUUAAAUUACAAUUUUAUUCGGUGCGUUAUGGAUUUGGGGUUAUACGAUUAUCCCCCGCAGACUUCAGUGGACGAUGAUUAUUUUUUGUUACAAGAGUUGCUCAUGAAAGGCGAUGACAUUCAGAAAUUAAGCGUAAUUCAGGCUUUGCCCCAAAUCUUGCAAUAUGAUCCAAACGGAACACUUACAAGACUUGUGCCAAAAAUACAACAAGAACUGCCAAAAUCCUCAUGCGAGUUUCACAUAGCCACUAGUAAGAUAUUUAAAUUGUUGAUUGAAAAGCAACUGCCUUUGAAUUUAACGGGGGCUGUAAUACAAGGAACCGAGUCUAAAGACCCUGUGGUUUCGAAUGCGUGGACUGAGACUCUUUUGGCUGUUAUUCCAACUCUGCCAAUUGAUCAAAUUAAAUCAGCAGUGAUACCGUUAGCAUUGGCUAAAUCGCAGCCCUCAAGUCCUGUGUAUUGUCGCGUUUCUAGCUGUAAAAUCUUGGGAAAAUGUGCGUCACAUCCAAAAAUGCAGUCGAUAGACGUCAAAGCUUCGAUUUUGCCGGCUGUUCAAAGUUUGUGCCAAGAUUGUUUUCAAGACGUGAGGGCCACAAUGUGUUCGCAGUUGCACUUCAUUGCACAGGGUUUGGGUGAAAGUUUGGUAAAAACUAGUCUACUUCCCAGUUUAGUUGAGUUAGCCUCUGAUGAUAAUAUGGCCGUUAGAUCAUCUGCGGUUGCUUCAGCGGUUUUAAUGAUUCCGUAUUUAAAUAAACAGACUAAAUUAGAAACCAUUGUUCCUUUAAUUAAACAGUUGUGCCAAAAAACUUCAGGUCCGGGUGAUACUACUUUUCCGACAAUGGCUAGAGAGUAUGGAAAAUUAGUAAGCGCAUUGCAAAGUGAUUUGGAAGUUAAUGAUUGUGUUUGGACUCUUCAAUUUUUUAAAACUUUGGCGGCUAAAGGGCAAACUGUGCGUGUGAAUAAGGACAAUUUGGAAGUGACACAGGACGUCUUAUGCAGAGAACAAUGCGCUUUCAAUUUACCCGCAGUCACACAAUUCACAGUGGCUCGUAUACCAAACCAGUUGGAGCUCUGGCAUACCAUCUUCAGUGGUCUAGCAAACGAUUCCUGUUACAUCGUUAGGAAAACCACAGCUGCUUGUAUGCACGAUAUAGCCAAAAUUUUGGGUCCCCAAUGUAAAAUAAUUAAAGACGAUUUAAUUAAAUUAUUACGUGACGAUGCUGAAGAAGUACUACAACAAUUAGUACCUCAUGUGGGCCCAACUUUGGAAUUACUUUGCGCCAAUGGUGUGCUUUCGCGAGAAGCCAACACUCCGGCGUGUCUCGAAAUCGCAAGAGGGUUGUUAAAGUGCCAGAAUGAGUUAGCAAAAUCUUACAACUGGCGGAUUAAAUCGAAUUUUCUGCAACAGUUGGAACGCCUGCCUUUUUGCAUGACUUCCGACUUCAUCCAUCAGCAUUUCAGUCCGGUUAUUUUGAGUUGUGUUCUAGAAGCUAGGCCUAAACCAGUCCGCUCGCAGGCUAGUCGGACUUUGCUCAUUUUUCUUCGAUACAAUUUGAAAGAAGUUCAAAGAAAAUGGAUCCGUGACAAUUUAGUAACGCACUUGUGUUAUGCGAAAUCUUGUUACACCAGACAUGUUUUCAUCCUGGCCUGUGUUCAUGCCGCUGAACUUUUCAGUAACAAUUAUUUCAAGAAGAAUUUUUUUGAACCGUUAUUAUCAUUAGCUGAUGAUCCGAUUUCAAAUAUACGUUUGUGUGUCAUUGGUUUUUUACCAAUGUUGUAUAAAAUGCUAGUGAUGCCUGAAGAUAGAAAGCUUCAAACGAACAUAGAUAAUAUUUUUUCGAAGUUGGACAUGACCGAGAAGGAUAAAGAUGUUAAAGAUAUUUUGAAGACUAAGCUUAAGGAAAUUAGAAAUAUUGGACCUUCGAACAAACAUGAUUAUUUGGUGGAACAGCGGCGGAAAGAAGAAGAAGAGAAUAAAAUCCUGCAAGGGAAAAUGGUCGUUUCCACGGCGGCUGUAGGAAAUAAUGUAACAGCAGCGCCAAAAACAGCACCUUCGAUCGCAUCCAGAGAUGUUCCAUCUACUACAACCACUAGAUCUCAACCUAUCACUUCAAGGCAAUCUGUGUCAUCACCUCGUGUUAGUAAAUCACCGUCAACUAUCUCUAAAUCACCUUCGGCAGGUUCGGGUUCAAAUACGGCUGCAAGCGAUAUGAGCUUCUUAGAACAGCAUUUUUACAUUGAUGCUGGCGUAAGCUUACCGCGUAUCGAACAACCUAUAGAUAUGGAAAUACGCAAAGUUGUGACAGAUUUCGAUCAACAAUUGAAUUUAUAUUCGGAAGAUCCGAACGUAAUACCGACUGUCUCUGUCGAAAAUGUUAACAUUGAAGCAAUGUCUGAAAGUGAAUUGAAAAAACUGGAAACAUCAACCACCAAUAUUACAGACGAUGUUAAAGUGAACUUGAGAAAGAGAAGUAAGAAAAGUACAAAUCGCAAAUCACUUCUAAGUCCACCAAAAGAUAUCUGCUUGAAAUACAAAAGAUAUUCGAGUGUGUUCCCAGCCGAUUCCUCAACAUCUAAAACAACAUUGAAUAGAAGAAGCCUGAAUAUAGGUGCUGGUGAUUUAAGUAAAAUUCCAGUUUGUGUGAAAAAAUCACACAGUAAUGCUGAUAUAGAGCAUGUUUUUGAAUGUGGAGAUGGCGAUAAAGCGAAUAGAACCUCGGGAAAGGUGAAACAUAAACCGAAUGAAGCCACUCAAAGUAAAAUCAGGCCUAAAUCUGAAAUUUUAACACGUCUUGACAAACAAAAGGACGAUAGUGCAAUAACUUCCAGUAUUAGUAAAAAUAAUGUGCCAAUAAGUAGUAUUAACAAAGGAAAAACAUCAGGAUUGCCAGUGUUGAAAAAGAAAACACAGUCCGAGAUCAAGAGCAAAUAAUUUAUUUUGUUACACUUUGUCAGAAAGUCUAUUUUGUACGUUUUUCUAUAACAAUUUUAAUAAAUAUUAUCUUAACAUA